CGCAGCCGAGAGCCGAGCCGUCCCCGAGAAGCCCGAGCCCCCCACAUAUAUGAGCCAGAGGACCCACCAGUUCCUUCUCGCCGCCGACCCGCGCUGCCACGUGCUCAUCCGCUUCUCCACCAAGAACAUCUCCUACAAGUAGUGGUGCCGGCCGGCUCCUGAACGGACUCUCCUCCACGUCGGCAGACUAGAUAAAGAAAUCGGAGUUAGCGAUAUGUCAAAGCUAACUCUGGACGGCUUUUUUUCGUACUGCAAGCAAAUAGCUGAGCACAUCCAGUUGGGAGAAAGGAUGGCAUCUCUCUCCGGUCAGAGCACCCCCAAGCUCACCUCCGGGGUGGGCAACCUCUACUACGAUUCGAUCCUGCCGUACCGGGAGGACGCGAGCCCGCAGACGCGCGAGUUCCUGGCGCGCGUCGUCGACGUGCUGCUCGACUACGUGCAGAAAGUCAACGACAGGAAUGAGAAGAUCCUGGAGUUCAAGAUGCCGGAGGAGCUGCAGGCGAUGCUGGACCUGCGGCUGCCGGACGAGCCACUGCCGCUCAAGCAACUGCUCGAGGACUGCAAGAUGACCCUCAAGCACCAGGUCAAGACAGGUCACCCGCACUUCUUCAACCAGCUGUCGUGCGGGCUGGACAUCGUGUCGCUGGCGGGCGAGUGGCUGACGGCGGCGGCCAACACCAACAUGUUCACGUACGAGAUCGCGCCCGUCUUCAUCCUCAUGGAGAACGUGGUGCUGCAGAAGAUGCGCGAGAUGAUCGGCUGGAGCAGCGGCGACUCCAUCCUGGCGCCCGGCGGCUCCGUCUCCAACCUGUACGCGUUCCUCGCGGCGCGCCACCACAAGUUCCCACAGUACAAGGAGAAGGGGCUCUCCAGCAUCCCCGGCCAGCUCGUCAUGUUCACCUCCGACCAGUGCCACUACUCGGUGAAGUCGUGCGCGUCGGUGUGCGGGCUGGGCACCGACUACUGCGUGUGCGUGCCGAGCGACGAGCGCGGCCGCAUGAUCCCCGCCGAGCUCGAGCGACUCGUGCGCAUGCACAAGGACAAGGGACACGUGCCGUUCUUCGUGAACGCGACGUCGGGAACGACGGUGCUGGGCGCGUUCGACCCGCUCGUCGACAUCGCCGACAUCUGCCAGAAGUACGACAUGUGGAUGCACGUCGACGCGGCGUGGGGCGGCGGCCUGCUGUUCUCCAAGAAGUACCGCCAUCCCCGACUCACCGGCAUCGAGCGGGCGGACUCCGUGACGUGGAACCCGCACAAGCUGAUGGGCACGCUGCUGCAGUGCUCCACCGUGCACUUCAAGAUCGAGGGCAUCCUGCUGAGCUGCAACGAGAUGUCGGCGGAGUACCUGUUCAUGACGGACAAGAUCUACGACCCGCGCUACGACACCGGCGACAAGGUGAUCCAGUGCGGCCGCCACAACGACGUGUUCAAGCUGUGGCUGCAGUGGCGCGGCAAGGGCACCGCCGGCUUCGAGCGCCUCAUGGACCGGCUCAUGGAGCUGGCCGAGUACAUGGUACGCCGCCUGCGCGAGCAGAGCGACCGCUUCCACCUCAUCCUCGAGCCGGAGCUCGUCAACGUCAGCUUCUGGUACCUGCCGCGGGCGCUGCGCGGCGUGCCGCACGACGGCGCCAAGGAGCUGCGGCUCGGCCGCGUGUGCGCGGUGCUCAAGGGCCGCAUGAUGCGCGCCGGCACCAUCAUGGUGGGCUACCAGCCCGACGACCGCCGCCCCAACUUCUUCCGUAACAUCAUCAGCUCGGCCGCCGUCACAGAGCGCGACGUCGACUUCCUGCUCGCCGAGAUGGACCGCCUCGGCCACGACAUCGUCGUCGACUAGGCCGCCCGCCCCCCACCCCCUCAGCACUAGAUCCGUGUUAUAUAUGUGUCAUAUUUGCAUCGAAAUAUAUUUAGUCUACUCUAUCCUGCUGAGGUAUGUCAUGGAUCAUUGAGGACGAUCCGUUGCGACGGAGAGAAAGCUAUUUAUAUAAUGAUAUAAAAAUUACAGCUCCUCGAUCGAGUGACCGCAAUACACGGAUCCCGCUAUAUUUUUGCAAAAUAACUUCAAGAUUUCGUUUCCCUUGUCGCUCGCCUGACUUUCUUGAAAAUUGUACGUACUUGAGGCGUCGCGUCGUGUUAAGUGUAUAGAAUUAAUCGGUCAAACGACGCCUACCGUAGUCCCCCGCACCCCGCGCCCCGCGUCCCUUACUCUGUAGUACUGCACGAGCAUACUACAGUUAUAAUAAAACCCGUCAUAAUAUUGUACUAGAGCCUACGAAACUGCUACGAUUCUUCGUAGAGCGCUACGAUUCUUCGUAGUACGGUACGCGCAGCGCCGCGAGGGGCGACGAAACGCGACGGGCGACCAGCACCAGUCUAUAGCCGUCUAUUUACAGUUAUUAAAUAUUAUUCUCAGUAGACGUAGGCAAUAAUUACAUAAUAUUAUAUGAAACGAAUCUAUUUCUGUUGCGUCUGUAGUGUGUUGACAGUGAAAAUAUAUUUUUGGUGUGUGUAUAAGGU